AUGGCCAACUCAGGCCUACAACUGCUGGGCUUCUCCUUGGCUCUGCUGGGCUGGGUGGGUCUGGUGGCGUGCACCGCCAUCCCACAGUGGCAGAUGAGCUCGUACGCGGGGGACAACAUCAUCACGGCCCAGGCCAUGUACAAGGGACUGUGGAUGGACUGCGUUACUCAGAGCACCGGGGUCAUCAGCUGCAAAAUGUAUGACUCUGUGCUCGCUCUGCCAGCGGCCUUGCAGGCCACCAGGGCUCUAAUGGUGGUGUCGCUGGUGUUGAGCUUCUUGGCCAUGUUCGUGGCUUCCAUGGGCAUGAAGUGCACGCGCUGUGGUGGAGACGACAAAGUGAAGAAGGCCCGAAUAGCCAUGACCGGAGGCAUCAUUUUCAUUGUAGCAGGCCUAGCUGCCUUGGUAGCUUGCUCUUGGUACGGCCAUCAGAUUGUCACGGACUUUUAUAACCCUUUGGUCCCCAUGAAUAAUAAGUAUGAGUUUGGUUCUGCUAUCUUUAUUGGCUGGGCAGGGUCUGCCCUGGUCCUCCUGGGAGGCUCACUGCUCUCUUGCUCCUGUCCCAGCAGUGAGAGCAAAAGUAGCUACAGGUCACCCCGCUCCUACCCUAAACCCAGCUCUGCCAAAGAGUAUGUGUGA